CGUUAUAUUGGCAGAGUCUGCUGGUGCAGGGACGCUUUGGUUUUUCUUAAAUCUCAAGAAGAGGAAGAGCAGCCACCGUCUCCACUUUGGACCUGCAAAUUUAAGAAAAUGGAGUUUGUAAUUGUAUGGACGAUGUUGGAACUCCUGUUCGCCCUCAUUCUCAUCGUAGCAUUAGGUUUUGUUUCUGCAGUCUUCUUCGAAGCUUAUCGAAGAAAAAACAACCACGCGCACGUUGAAGCUCCCGCGAUCUUCGAGGACCCGAAAUCGUUGAAACAGGUUCGUUGCCCUUCGAUUUUUGAUCCGGCUGAAAAGUAUAUAUCUUUGAUAGUCCCUGCAUUCAAUGAGGAGCUUAGGCUUCCUGGAGCCCUUGAGGAAACCAUGAAUUAUCUUCAACAACGUGCCGCAAAGGAUAAAUCGUUUUCUUAUGAGGUGGUGAUUGUUGAUGAUGGAAGUGUUGAUGAGACAAAAAGAGUAGCAUUUGAAUUUGUAAAGAAAUACUCUGUGGAUAAUGUGAGGGUUAUCCUUCUUGGUAAAAAUCAUGGAAAGGGAGAAGCUAUCAGAAAAGGAAUGCUUCAUUCACGGGGUGAGCUACUUUUAAUGCUGGAUGCUGAUGGAGCAACCAAGGUUAAUGAUGCAGAAAAACUUGAAAACCAGAUCCAUGCAGCUGCCAAAGAGGAAUUUAAGUUUGGGGACUCACCUGCUAGUAAUUCAAGUUUUAGAAUAUCUGAUAUCCCAAUUGCUGCAUUUGGUUCUCGUGCUCAUCUUGAGGAGAAAGCCCUGGCUACAAGGAAGUGGCACCGCAAUUUCUUGAUGAAAGGUUUCCAUCUUGUGGUUCUUUUGGCUGCUGGUCCCGGAAUUCGUGAUACACAAUGUGGUUUUAAGAUGUUCACCAGGGCUGCUGCAAGAAAGCUUUUCACUAACAUCCGUUUGAACAGGUGGUGCUUUGAUGUUGAGCUGGUUUACCUAUGCAAAUGGUUCAGAAUUCGAAUGAUUGAGAUAUCUGUAAACUGGUCUGAAAUUCCUGGAUCAAAGGUGAAUCCGUUAAGCAUUCCAAAUAUGCUUUGGGAGCUUGUGCUCAUGUCUGUUGGAUAUAGAACCGGUAUGUGGCAAAUUCGUAGCUGAUUGUGCACACGUCUUAUUUAUCAUAGCCAGUGGAAAGCAAACAUUCCGUAUUAGACAACCACAGGGCGUCUGGUUCUCCUUCCGAAGCAUUUGCAGAGAGCAAAUAUAGAGGAUUUUUAUGUUCAAAGUCUUUUUAGGCAAAGCUGAUGAUCUAACAAUGGGAUUUUAGUAUGUAAAAUGAAUCAUUUUGGGGGGCUACUGCUUUGUUUUUUCUCAUAAUAUUUUUUCAGAUUUGACUUCCGGAGAGCAUCACUUUUUCAAGGAGUGCUCAUGACUGUAAACUUAAAGUUAUACGUUUAAGAACAACUGGAGUACAUGUUAACAAUAUAUUACUUUCGCCACUAUGAAA